AUGACCGGUGCGUGCACCGGGGGAAAGAUGCGCAGUCCGACGUUCUGGCUUGGUACCGCCGGGUUCCUAAUCAUGUCAUUUGGGCUAAUGAAGGAAAUUAAGGGAAGCAUGAUAUAUGGUAUGCUCUUUGUGACAUUGGUUUCGUGGAUUAGGGGCACAAGUGUGACACACUUCCCCAACAACCGAACUGGUGAGUCAAGAUACGAGUAUUUUAAAAGGGUGGUGGACUUCCACACUAUCAAGUCCACUGCAGGGGCCAUAAGCUUCUCUCAAUUCAAUAGGAGUAACGUGUGGGUGGCCUUAUUUACCUUGUUAUAUAUCGAUGUGUUAGCCACCACAGGCUCAUUGUACACCUUAGCUGAAAUUGGAGGCUUUGUGGAUGAGCAAGGGAAUAUAGAGGGAGAAUACCAAGCCUACAUGGUCGACGGUGGAGCAACCGCCGUGGGGGCGCCCUGGGAGUCUCAACAGUUGUAA